GAAAAACACUUUUCAACAAUGGACAAACAAUCGGAACAUCAUUUGAGGCAAUCAAAUAAGAGGUUCAUCAUCUCGGCGGCCGAUUGGAACAAUAGCAGCAGACAAAUUCGCCACCAACCCUAAACGACACCGCAAAUAAUCGGCAUCCAGCUUCCAGGGAGGGAACAAACAACACGUUUACCAUACACACACUCACGCACGCACAGGCUACUGCCAAGCUGGCAAAACUUCAUUCACACGGCCAACUAGACGAAUUUAUUGAGUGGGCCAUUUUUCGCAAACGUGCAUACGAGUGAACGAAUAAUGGUGAGAGGAUGGCAAUAGUGCUAGUGAUACCGGUAGUAAGCAACAUUACAAAUUCGACAGACAAUGCAAACGGAACGAGUACGCCGCUGGACGAUGGAGGAGGAGGAGGGGGAGGGACAGGAGGAGACGGAACGGAUGGAGGAUGUCCUCGGCAGGAGGAGACCUGGUAUCCCAGCAUGCUCGGCAUCGACCUAGCAGUCCCACAGUGGGAGGCAAUUGCUACGGCCCUAAUCCUAACGCUUAUCAUCAUCAUUACCAUAGUUGGCAACAUCCUCGUGAUACUGAGUGUUUUCACCUACAAACCAUUGAGGAUAGUUCAGAACUUCUUCAUCGUAUCCCUUGCUGUGGCUGAUCUGACUGUGGCUAUCCUAGUGCUACCAUUCAAUGUAGCCUAUUCGAUACUGGGCCGUUGGGAGUUUGGCAUCCAUGUAUGCAAAAUGUGGCUCACAUCAGAUGUGCUCUGCUGUACAGCUUCGAUUCUAAAUCUAUGUGCAAUAGCAUUAGAUAGGUACUGGGCCAUUACCGAUCCAAUUAAUUAUGCUCAGAAGCGCACCCUAGAGCGAGUGCUAGCACUGAUUGCUGGUGUAUGGGUACUAUCGCUGUUGAUCAGUUCGCCCCCGUUGAUCGGCUGGAACGAUUGGCCGGAAGAAUUCUCGAGCGAGUUUCCAUGUCAAUUAACAAGCAAUCAAGGCUAUGUCAUCUACUCAUCGCUUGGGUCAUUUUUCAUCCCACUAGUCAUUAUGACAAUUGUCUACAUCGAAAUCUACAUUGCUACACGUCGAAGGCUCCGUGAAAGGGCUCAGGCGUCGAAAAUUAACACACUAGCUAGUAGGAGUAUCGGAGUUACAGGUGAAAAAGAACCGGCCCCGGUCCAACCGAUUCCGGACCGGGAAUCAAUUAGUAGCGAAACUAACCACAACGAACAUCCCAACAGUACCAGUAGUAGUAGCACCGAGCACCGUUCGCAGCGGAAACGAAAAAAGAAUGCCAAGGAGAAAAAGGAAGCAAAAGAAGCUGCCAAACGAGCUAAGCAGGCGGCGGAAAACCAACUCCGCCUUGCACUCCGCGAUGAAGAUUCCGUUACGGAAUGUCCGGAAAACUCGUUCAACAGCGCCAAAGCAAACUGUGAUAUUAAUUCGGCCAACGUAGUAGGUCCCAACGGGACAGCUGCCAUUGGCUCGGCGGAGGACGACAACGACAAGGCGCUCCAUCCGACCAACGGAGCUGGAACUGACGAUAAGAAGCAACAAAAAACAGGCGGCUCAUCCGCUAGCUCAGCGUCCAAAGGUCGCAUGAAACAAUCCUUCCGCAAAACCGGUGGCAUUAAUCAGUUUAUCGAGGAAAAACAGAAGAUUUCCCUAUCGAAGGAACGAAGGGCGGCUCGCACUCUCGGCAUCAUCAUGGGAGUAUUUGUGGUUUGCUGGCUGCCCUUCUUCCUCAUGUACGUCAUCCUGCCGUUCUGUCCAACUUGCUGUCCAACGAACAAGUUGAUUAAUUUUAUCACAUGGCUCGGAUACAUUAACUCGGCUCUCAAUCCUAUUAUUUACACUAUAUUCAAUUUGGACUAUAGACGAGCAUUCAAGCGAUUACUCGGAAUCAAACAGUAGGUAGGACGGCCACACAGUAGGCACCGAAUUUCAAAACAUCCCCCAAAAAGGCAAUCUCAGUAGGCAGGCUGGCAGUUGGUAUGGGAGACAAUCAAUAAAUCAAACCAUGACCGAUGUGCUGCAUUAGUGCGGCCUUUACCUGGAACUUUCGAGGAACCACCCAAAUGGUUGUUAAGCUCUUUUGUCUAUUAUCAAACAGGCCAGAAUGAAGAUUAUGAUGUUAUUAAUGGUUGGUCAUAACGGUUGGUUUAGGUUGGUGUUUUCUCACCAUUUCAAUCUGAAUUGUAACCACACGAACGCAGAAUAGAUUGUUAUAAUGAGUUAAAAUUUUCAAACUUCAAAUUGCAAAAUUGUUCAAAAUAGAUAUCAUGGACAAAGUCAGGAUUUUAAAUUUUAUUCAAACAAAUGCUAAAUAUGCUUGUCAAAAAAAAAUCCAGAUCCAUCUAGUCCAUCUCUUCUCCUCUCCGCAAACGGAAUAGUAAAUCCUUCGGCAGUAAAAUACGCUUCCGGAUCACAGUUGGCUGUUUUUUUUUUUCUAGGAUCCGAAACAUGCAAAGUAGGCAGUGUGUGGCUCAACAACGACGAUAAAGAAAAAUAAAAACAAAACAGCUAUAGAGCCAUGUGCCUGCCUAAUGUCAGCCAACAGCAGCUUAGGUUACAUUAGCAGUGUGGUGCUGCCAGCUGCCAUUGACGCGUGUCAUGGCCAACUGUGACCCGUUUCGCAAAAAGGUGUCCUCUGUCGACACUAUGAAUGCCAAUGAGAUCCGUAAAACUUUCCUACCGAAGAGAUUUUUUCGAGGCCCAGCUUUACUUUCUAGCCGAGGGGAAAAUUAUGUUCAGUACAAUAAUGGAUGUUUUCCAGGAAUGGGAGACAGCUUAAUUGUUUACGGAAAUAAGACUUUGAAGAAGGCAUCGUUUUGUUUUCCACCAUUGAGAAAAAAACAAAUUGCUGGAUUUUCUAUUUACAAACAAGGCAGGCUAGAAGAGUUCGUACAAUAGUUUUACCAAAGCCCCCAUAAUGUUAUGUACUCUGCUCUUCAUCCUUCGGUGUUUUUAAUAUGACCUCCUGACAACCACCAGCAGAAGUUUGGCUUGGUCCGAAGUUCGUUGUAGCCAGACGAACAAGCAAGCAAGCAACGUUUCAUUUCCGGAUCAGAAGCACUUCCUGACAGUCAACAAGCUACGAUAUCCGCUGCUUAGGGUACAACAAUAAAACAAAGGAAAACCACAUCACAUCGUUACAACCAGUCAACUUUACCGUUUUUUAUGAUCCCCUGAGCUUGUAGGUACUGUUGCCAAUGAUGAAUGAGAAAGUGUAAUUUGUCUGUUCCGCGUAUUGUAAUUUGUUGGGAUCUUCUUGGUUUUUGAUAAAAAAAAACAAUGCAAUUAGCAUGUAGGUACUUCAUAAAUUCACAAUAAUUUUAAAAUAUUUUAAAGUUUCUGUGUUUAUCUAACGCGAGAGUUUGGACCAGACCCUAUUUUUUAGCCGAUUUGUAAACGACCAUUAUUGGGAAAUUUCCAUAAAGUUCAUUGAUUUGCAAUGAUUCUCUAGAAAUAGUCUCUUUGAAAUUCAAAAGCAUCAUAUUGAAGAGAAAAAUUUAUGGUGAACCGACGAUAAACCCUACUCUAGACGAACAUUUUCUUCAUCGUCCACAAAGAGUUCGAAUAACGACAUCAAAUAUUCAUACCUCUGAGAUAGACUUUGGGGGAUUGGCAUUUAUAACAAUCAUUCGAAGUUCUUUUUCCGGUUUGCAGCCGGGAUUAUGGUUUCUUCUUAAUUUAUCUUCAAAACGAAAAGAGAAAAGCCUGAGUUGAGAGCCAUAUGAAAGAAAGUAAUUGUAAACUGAACUAUCAUUGCUUUCCAAAAAUUUCUUACGAGCCCAAAAGAAAUUGUUGGAAAACUUUGAAAACGGUGAAUUAUGGAAAUCGACUUAACUUUGACAGCCAAGAAAAGUCUACCAAAAACAGAUGUGAAUUAAACGGAUAUAAAUAAACAAAAUCAGAUGCUCGUCUAUCUUUCGUCAUGUGAGAUUUAAUCUUUCAACCGAAAUAAUCAAACACAUCACAGACUCACAUCAAAACUAUGAAGAAGAACAAAAACUCUUUAACCCUAAAAUUUCUAGACAAACUGUUAUAGAAUUAAUUAAAAAAGAAAUCAGCUGUAUCAAAUCCUAGAGCCAAUCAUCGCUAAGAACUCAUGUUGCUUUCAGGCACGUUUUUGGUUCCAUUCACAAAUUGUACCUGUUCGCUAGUGAAUGUCGUUUGACUUGUAGAUGGACAAAGUCAUUUAAAGAAAAUUAUAUAUGAAAAAUAAACAUAAAAAAAUCUCUCUUCUCUCAAAAAUGAGCCCGAGUCCAGGUCGACCUCUGGGUUGACUGGUAGACUUUUGCUCAACCAACAAGGGAAAAAGGUGCUGAAAGAAUACUUUCAAUAAACUCGAUGAUAAAAUAUUUAAAAAAAACUAUUCGAAGAAGUACAUUGCAUAAAGCUCAGCAACAAAAGGGCCAAUGGAAUAGCAGUUGAAAUGUAGACAAAAAAAAACUAGUUACACUAUUUGAGGAUUAUAAAUCGCUUGAAGAUGUGUAUAGAAAAAAAAUAUCACUGUUAAACAUUUAUGAGAAAUGAAAUCGUAGCAUUUAAAAGUACAGUUUGUUUUAAGCUACAUUCGAAGGACAAAACUGUGAGAUGACCUCCGUGUAAAACAAAACAAAAUCAACAUGUUUUGGUUAGAUUUUUUUUUAACCCAUGCAUGACGAUGCGGAAAGUUAGUUUAAAGUUGCAAAAAUCGCCAACAAGAAGAUGUAAAAUUUACUAUUGGAAAAGGAAAACGGAAAACGUUUGUAAGUGUAAAUAUAGUACUACAAACCUAUGUGUAAAUUUGAAUUUCAAAUCGAAAGCGCGUAAAUCAAAAUAAAAAAA